UAAACAGUGCUGUGCCUUCAUACCGAUGAGACCUCCUCCGCUCGCGCCUGCUCUUACACUCUUCUCUCACUGCUGCAGAGAGACUACUCGGCUACUCCCGGCGCUUUGCACGAGCGACAUGCUAGCCCGGGUCGUUUAGUUCGGGUUUUUUUUUUUAUUUAUUUUAUUUUAUUUCUUUUUAAACGGGGACAACAAUGUCCCAGAAGAGGGAAGUGAACUCUUGCCCGGACGGGUACAGGGUCCUGAGCACUAGUGAACUACGGGAGCUGCUUCAAGAUGAAACCAAAAUGGAUAAGAUCGUGCGGCUCAGUGAGAAGUUUCAGGAGCUGCAGAUGGAGAGGGAUUCCUUGCUAGCGACUAACCGAAGUAUCGCGGAAGAGAGCCUCGCACGUCGCCCCCGGCUCCAGAACGGUAAACUUCAGUUGGCUGCUAAGUACAAGGAACUCGAGAAGCUGACGGCUUCCUACAGGGAAAAGCAAAGCCGACUUGAGACACACACGCAGAAGCGCAGCCCGCAGACGGCUCAGAACCUCCUACAAGACGAGGUAGCGCGUGCCGAGGAGCAAUCCGAGGAGCUUCUGAAGAGAUUCAUGGAGGGGGAAGUCCCACUGGAGGGCUUCCUGGACUCCUUCCAGGGCUUCAGGAAGACAUAUCACGUCCGCCGUGCACAGGUUGAGAAGAUCCAGGAGCUGAACCGGCCUGAGAGGAAGCAGCCCGAGUGCUCCGAGGAGGAAGAGCAGAAGAAAAAGGAUCAGGGGUCAAACGAGCUCCGGCCCAACGGCGUUACCUCCCACGGGUCGGCACGCGUCUUCCAAGUGCGGUACGGCCUCACGCCGGCCAUCCUGGUUCCCCUGUCUACAACUUCGGCUCCACCUACUAGCUUGUCUCCUCUGGACUCGUGCCCAGGACAGCGGCAGGCUUUAGGGAGUGGAGCGCCUCAUGCGUGCCCUGGGCAACCCGUGGGCCUCAGAGUGAUAGGACAGUUACCAGGCUGGCCUUUGAGGCCGGUGCGGUUACAGCAGCUCUAUAGGCCUAGUCCACAUCAGCAUGAACCUCCGUAUCGAUAACGUCCAAACACUGUGCAUCAAUAAAGCCUGACUUGAUUUGCUCGAAGACCUUUGGUUUAAUGUAAUCGUUUUCAUCGGUCACCGCAAAGGUCGCUUUCAUCCGCCUGAAAGGGAGAUGAUUGGAAAGCCAUAAAAUGUCUUGUCUAUGUUGUGAACAAGCCAGUGGAUUACACAACUCCAGGACAUCUCUGUCAUUGUUGCCUAUUUGUGUCGUUUUGUUUUCUUCCUGUCCCUUUCGUUGGGAUACGGCUGCUGCUUUUUGUGAGGGGAAUGCGAGUCGCUGAGACACUGAUUUCUGACUGGAAGGACUAGCUUGAUGCCAAUGAGAAAUGCCAGGCUAAUGAUAUUGCCUUGUUAUGUUGAUGAUGAUCAAUAAAGUCCUAUUAUAAUGUUUAUUAUAAA